AUGAUCUGUCUGGUCAGCCUUUUGGGACAAUUCGGUCUCAUGAUUUAUGCGGAUCACAAGGCAGAGAUUCAAGCGAAUAUAGCAAUGGCCACAUUGAUCUUGAAUCUUGUCUCUGAUUGCUCGACUCUUUGCGAGGCUUAUAUCGGAUUGGCAGUGAAUGGCACGUUGAGAAAAGCUCUUUUCUCAAUGCUCUUUAAAAGAGCAUCAGUUUCCCACCAAGAAAUUCCC